UGGCCGAGGGCGGGCGUGCGGCCGUUGGUGUCCAUGGAAACCAAGCGCACACGGAGCACCGCCCUUCUCCUCGCCGGGUCCUUGCGGCCGCCAUCAUGAUGCUGCUGGGCCGCGGGUUGGACGCCAGGGACAAUCAGACUAGACAAAUACAAGAUGCUGUUUCAAAUGUGGAAAAACAUUUUGGUGAAUUGUGCCAAAUAUUUGCUGGAUAUGUACGUAAAACUGCCAGACUACGAGACAAAGCAGAUCUUCUAGUAAAUGAAAUAUAUGCAUAUGCAGCCACAGAGACACCAAACUUAAAAGUUGGACUGAAAAACUUUGCAGAUGAAUUUUCCAGACUUCAGGACUAUCGCCAGGCAGAGGUUGACAGGCUUGAAGCCAAGGUUGUUGAACCUCUGAAAAGUUAUGGCACCAUAGUGAAGCUUAAAAGGAAUGAUCUUAAAGCAACUUUAACAGCAAAGAACCGAGAAGCCAAGCAAUUGUCUCAGCUGGAAAAGACACGUCAGCGGAAUCCAUCAGAUCGACACAUUAUUUCACAGGCUGAAAGUGAAUUGCAAAGAGCUUCACUGGAUGCUACUCGAACAACUCAGCAAUUAAAGGAAACCAUUGAUAACUUUGAGAAACAGAAAAUAAGAGACAUAAAAAACAUAUUUUCUGAAUUUAUAACCAUUGAAAUGUUAUUCCAUGGGAAAGCUUUAGAGAUAUAUACUGCUGCCUACCAAAAUAUCCAAAAUAUUGAUGAAGAAGAAGAUUUAGAGAUUUUUCGGAGCUCACUUCAUCCACCAGACUAUCAAUCUCGCUUAGACAUAGUUCGUGCAAAUUCGAAGUCCCCCAUACAAAGAACUGGCUCCUUAAAAUCUUCAUUGAGAACAGUACAGAUUUCCAGUAUGCUGAGAAAAGAGGAAGAAGAGGAGGAAGAGGAAGAUGAAGAUGAAGAGGAGGAAGAUGAUGAAGAGGACGAAUUAGAUGCUCCAAAAGAAAAUGAACGUUCACCAAGAAGGACCUAGCCCAGUAUCUACGUUGAAUGCUGCUUUGCUUUUAAAUAAAAGUGCCUUUAUAAUAAAACUAAUUGAUAUUUUAUAUAGUUGAUUUUAUCAGUUGACAUGCUAUAUAUAGUUCAAGUUUCAUGUGUUUAACUGGUAGAUUCAGUUACUGAUUCCAUUAAACAUACAAGAAAUUACACAUUUUGAGUGUAAUUUCUUACCCUUUUUGGAGAUAGUGGUUGUGCAUGUUCAUUUCUGAACAGCAUACAACUGUCUGCCAGAAAGCUACUACUACAUUAUUUAUCUCUGGUUUUAGCAUCCACUGAGGAAAGAACACAUGUAUAAAUCUGGAAUUUAAACCUGUAACUGGGAAAACAAUCUUUAAGCUAUAACCAAAUACUCUUAACAGUUACAGAAAUAAAUGAGAGCAUUUUAAAUA